UUGCUUUUUCCAAAAUCCAAGAUGCUGACCUAUCGAAUAAUUGUACAUUUGGAUGAAAACGAAGUGAUGAAAUGGAGAUUAAGUGACAGUAAGGAAUGCAAGAACGGUGAACAUGUCAAUCCUAAAAUAAGACUGAUGCGGUUGCUACAUGCUCGUAACUUGGAGUGUACCGUCGUGAGUGGGAAUACAAGCAAGGAGGCUCAUCAUUCGCAACUAAGAAAGAGGUUGGAGAUGGAAGCAAACAAGUUGUUGUUGCGAUGCAUUGUUUCAGCCAUUUUCACUAUUCCUAUUAUGAUAUUUAGUUUUGGUCUCGCGAAUCAUGUUCGUGGCGUCAAUACACGUUUAGGAAAGUCACAAAUAACUGUAGCAUAUUUAGUAGAAUGGAUAUUGGCAACCUUUAUUCAGUUGAUUGGAGGAUAUCCUUUCUAUCGAGGAAGUUAUUUCGCUAUUUUUCGAAGUCAUCGACCCAAUAUGGACGUAUUAAUAGCUUUGGCGACAUCAACUAUCUAUGUCUACUCAGUUGCAUCUCUCAUCUAUUACUCGAUUGUGGAUCAACCCGGUCGUGAUAUAGACUUCGAUUCCAGUUCGAUGUUAAUUACUAUCAUAACAUUUGGUAAAUGGUUGGAAGCUAUUGCAAAGAAGAACGCUGCAAAGGGUUUUGAAAUGUUUGAUGAACUCGCUCCUAAACAAGUUACUGUUGUUUUCAAGGACGAGAAAGAAGACUUCGUAGAGGCCGAAGUCGUCAAUCCGGAGCUUGUUAUGGUUGGUGACAUUAUCAAAGUAUUGCCUGGAGAGCGUUUUGCAGUGGAUGGAAUAGUAGAGGCAGGAGAAAGCAGUGUAGACGAGUCGACAAUUACUGGAGAGUCAUUGCCAGUUCAUAAGAAGUCAGGAGAUUCCGUUUUUAGUGGAACCUCCAAUGGAAAUAGUAUUCUUUAUGUUAGAACAACUGCAAGUGGUUCACAAAACACCGUGUCACAAAUACUUGAGUUGGUAGAAAAUGCUCAAAAUUCGCAUGCUCCCAUUGAGAGUAUAGCCGAUACAAUAUCUGCGUAUUUUGUUAUUUGGAUUGUCUUAAUCGCCAUCCUUGUAUAUCUUAUAUGGGUAAUACUUAUUGAGAAAAGAGUUGUCCCCGAUACUUGGUAUGACCAUCAGAGUCCUAUUAUUUUUAGUUUGGUCUUUUCGGUAUCUGUAGUUGCAGUGGCGUGUCCAUGUGCAUUGGGAUUAGCCACUCCUUCAGCAUUUAUGACAGCGUCUAGUGUUGCAGUUCGAUUUGGAAUAUUAUUAAAGGAAAGUGCAGCAGUCCAGUAUUUAUAUAAUGCAGCAUGCGUUGUUUUCGAUAAAACAGGAACCUUGACGCGUGGAUUCCCGAAAGUCUUGCAAGUUCAACAACUGAACAUAUUUGCAGGUCUCAACCAGGACAAGAUAGUGAGUCUCAUAGCACAGGUAGAGAGCCAUUCGGAUCAUCCUUAUGCAAAUGCUAUCGUUCGUUAUGCUGAGGAAGAAAGAGGUUUAGAGGUUUCGAAGCAAGUCCAGUCUUUUGAAGAGAAACCUGGAUGUGGUGUAGAGUCUGUUAUUGAAAGUCAUGAAAUAUUUGUAGGAAGUUGGAAUUGGAUAAAAUCGAAAUGUAGCUCAUCACAAGGUGGAAAGGAAGAUGACUUGUUAAACCAUCAACAACGACAACUCCUAAAUGAGUGGAUGGAAGAUGGAAGCAGCGUCGUAGUUGCAGCGAUAGAUAACGUUCCUUGCAUUGCAUUUCGAGUACACGAUGAAUUGAGACCUGAAGCAAAACAAGUCGUUGCCUUUUUUCGAGAAAAGAAGAAAAUGGAAUGCUGGUUAGUAACUGGCGAUAAUGAGAACACCGCAUUUUCCGUAGCGAAAGCUGUUGGUAUCCCAGUAGAAAAGGUUGUUUCUCAAGCAUUGCCUGGGGAUAAAGUUAAAAUAUUAGAAAGCUCUAUAGAGAAAUAUAGAAAUGUCUCUGGAAAGUAUUCCUUUUUCAAACCUCGCGUGGUUUUUGUCGGAGAUGGAGUGAACGAUGGUCCUGCAUUAGCAAUGGCAGAUGUCGGUAUUGCUAUGGGCUCCAAGAAUCAGCUGGCAGCAGGAGCAGCUCGUGCUAUUGUGAUGAAUGAUAAUCUUCAUGGACUUGUUACUCUUUUUGACCUCUCUAGAGUCACUUUUCGCAGAAUUCUUCUCAACUAUUUUUGGGCAUUGGUUUAUAAUGUUGUCUUUGUUCCAGGUGCUGCUGGAGCAAUGUUUCCUCUUAUUCGACAGCAAAUGCCUCCUUGGUUUGCUGCCAUUUUAAUGGCUUCUAGUUCUCUCAGUGUAUCUUUGUCUUCACUUUUGUUAAGGUUCUACCGACCUUUGAGAAACAUAUAAAGGUUGAAUUUGCGAUUCUACGUUGGGAUAAAGAAUUGGUCUCUUUU